GCAAACGAUAAAAAAAAAAAAAAUUAAUAAUAAUAAGAAGAGUAAAGGAGCCUAGACAGCACACCUUCGUUCUUUCUCUCUCUCUCCAUCUCUCUCCGCCAUGACCAGCUCUUCCGCUCCUUCACGCAAGGCGUUAAGCAAGAUCGCUUGCAAUAGGCUGCAGAAAGAGCUUACCGAGUGGCAAUUAAAUCCUCCCACUGGAUUUAGGCACAAAGUUACUGAUAAUCUCCAAAAAUGGACAAUCGAUGUCACCGGAGCUCCGGGGACUCUCUACGCGAACGAGACUUACCAGCUUCAGGUUGAAUUUCCCGUUAAUUACCCCAUGGAAGCGCCGCAGGUAGUUUUUGUUCCUCCGGCACCGUCACAUCCACAUAUAUACAGCAAUGGACAUAUUUGUUUAGAUAUUCUAUAUGACUCAUGGUCACCAGCAAUGACGGUGAGUUCAGUCUGCAUUAGCAUUCUCUCGAUGCUAUCGAGUUCACCUGCAAAGGAGCGUCCUGCUGAUAAUGAUCGUUAUGUGAAGAACUGUAAGAAUGGCAGGUCUCCUAAGGAGACGAGGUGGUGGUUCCAUGACGACAAGGUUUGAUUGCACACGGCUAAGGAUUAAGAGAAGACUUUUAUGUAAUGAUGACAUUUGAAAAUGUCAAGUCUAACACAUCUAAAUUUUAACUUAUUGUCUCAUCUUUUUUUUUCACUCUUACCUAUGUAAUGUCAAUGAGCAGUUCAUUAAACUGGAAUCUGCAAUGUAUACUUCGAUUUUCUUUCGUUAUCGAACCGAGUUGUGAUAGACCAAUUUGAACCGGCUUUUAACAGUUCUCA